GCUGGCGGGUGGGUAGCUGCGUGUGUGUCAGUCUUUACCUCAGCUGGCGCGAGCCAGCUCCCUCACUUCUGGGAGCCAUGCUGAGGAGCUGCACCGCGGGACUUCGCUCGCUCUGGGCCCUGCGCGGCGGGCGGGAAGGCGUGCCCCGGCCAUCCACGGACCUACCACCCGCGCCGAGGUUGUUUUCUGCUGAGAAAGUCAUUCAUAAGGACUGGGCUCUCCCCAACCCCAGCUGGAGCAAGGACUUAAAACUCCUUUUUGACCAGUUUAUGAAGAAAUGUGAAGAUGGUUCCUGGAAACGUUUGCCUUCAUAUCGACAUAUAUCUACUCAAAUUAGAGAAGACUUCAAGACCUAUUUCCUUGAACAAAAGAAGGUUGUGAAAGAAGGACGACUAUCACAGGUCCAGCUCUUCACCAGAGGCUUUGAGGAUGGCCUGGGCUUUGAAUAUGUGAUAUUCAGUAAUAAUGAUGAGAAAAGGACAGUUUGCUUGUUUCAAGGAGGUCCUUAUCUGGAAGGAAAACCUGGAUUCCUUCAUGGAGGUGCCAUUGCAGCAAUAAUAGAUACUGCUCUUGGUUCGUGUGCAACUAUACCUGGCAAAGUUGUCAUGACUGCAAAUCUCAACAUCAAUUUUAAAAGACCUGUCCCUCUUUGUUCUGUUGUUGUGAUAAAUAGCCAACUUGAUAAACUUGAGGGGAGGAAAUUGUUUACUUCCUGUAAUGUUCAAAGUGUUGAUGAGAAGACUCUAUACUCCGAGGCAACAGGUUUAUUUAUAAAGCUGUAUCCUGAAAAAAGUUUAACAUAAAAGAGCUUCUGGUGAAUUCCAUACCCAUCUGCGUAAGGCACUGCUCUUGUCAUCCACUGUUGAAUCCCCAUCAGGCAAAACCUGCUAACACAGACCUUCCUAAAUAAGUCUUUUGAAUUCAAUUCCAGGAGCUCCAUUUCCACCUUCCAAACUUUUUUAACACAGAGACACUCCCUGUGAGAGUAUCAGCAAUUCUUUCUGUCUCCUUAGGGUGAGUAUCUGGUUCUCCUAAAAUCUGAAUGGGCUCCUUAAGGUUGCUCAGGCGUGAUAUCUGAUCCAUUGCAGACUGGAGGAAAAAUUCAUACUGAAACUUUUACCCCAAACUUGGAAAUGCCAGAAAACUGUAGAAAGGAAUAAAUAUGUGGGUACAUGAGUGUGUGUGUGUGUGUGUGUGUGUGUGUGUCUGUGUGUGUGUGUGGUGUAUGCAUUUUAAAUUACAAAACUAGCCUCAUUGUAUCUAAACAAAUCCUCUAGGCAACAGUAGGAAACACAACCAGUUUCUAUAGAAUCAGACCCUUCACCUCUGUUGUCUUGGAGCCUAGGGAUUAAACUAGUGUACCUUAACAUAGAUUGUGUUAUUGUCUCUUACCAGUAGCAUGGUUUAUCAUCACUGGAAGGAGCCUCAUUUCCUAAGUGUCUUAAUCCAUUUGGACUUCUAUAACAAAAUACCACAGGCCAGGUAGCUUGUGAAAAACAGAAACUUAUUGCUCACAGUUACAAUGAGUUAAAAUGGAAAGUCCCCAGAUCAGGAUGCCAGUGUGUUCACCUUCUGAUGUGGGCCCACUUACUAGUUAAUAUCUGGUACCUUCUCACUGUGUCCUUACAUGGUGGAAGGAGCUGGAGAUCUCUCUGGAUCUUUUUUAUAAGGGCACUAAUCACAUUCUUGAAGGCUUCACCUUAAGCACUUCCCAAAAGCCCUGCCUACUGAUACCAUCAUAUUGGGCAUUAGGACUUCAACAUAUGAAUUGGGCCAGCCCAGGAUGGGGCGACCCAAACAUCCAGACCAUAGCAUUAGGGCUGCCAUCAUGAAGUACCACACACUAGGUGUCUUAGAACAACAGAAACUCAUUGUCUCAUGGGUCUGGAGACUACAAAUCCAAAAUCAAGGUAUCAGCAAGGCUGUGCUCCCUCUGAAGGUCUAAGGAAGGGACUAUUCCAUGCUCUCUUCUAGCUUCUGAUUGCCUCAUGCAUCCUUUGGCUUGUAGAUGCAUCACUCCACCUUCAAAUGGCAUUCUCAUGUGUGUCUUUGUAUCAUUUUUCCCUCUGUCCAUGUUUCCCCUUUUUAUAAGGAUACCAGUCAUAUUGGUAGGGUCCACCUUAACAACCUAGUUUUAACUUGAUUACCUCUAUAAAGACCAUAUUUCCAAACAAGUUCACAUUAGGAGGUACUAGGAGGGUUAGGACUUCACCAUACCUUUUUAGGGGCAGGGGACACAAUUCAAACCAUAACAGAACUUUAGACAAGAAUAAAAGUAAACUGAGAAACUAAUGUUCUAUAAAAUAUAUUCUGCUUCCAGUAGAUUGAGUUGAAUCUAUUGCAGGCAAUGGAUUCUUUGGGCUUCAGUUUCUUGCUUGCUUUCUCCUUAUUGAAAGUUUAGGCUGAACUGAGAUCACCAUUUUCGAAGGUCAAACUGGUUCAGUAUUGACAAUUUCCUAUGGCUCAACCUAAUAACUUAGAAAUAUCUUUGUGAGGGCUUCCCCAGUGGCUUCCCUGGUGGCUUAGCCAUGAAGAAUCUGCCUGCCAAUGCAGGAGAUAUGGGUUUGAUCCCACAUUCCUCAGAGCAGUUAAGGCCAUGUGCCACAACCAUUGAGCCUGUGCUCUAGAGCCCAGAAGCUGCAAUUACUGAGUCAACACACUGCAACUACUGAAGCCCACGUGCUCUAGAGCCCAUGUUCCACAACAAGAGAAGCCAGCACAUUGAAAUGAAGAGUAGCUCCCGCUCACCACAACUAGAGAAAGUCCUCACACCAAUGAAGACCCAGCAUAACCAAAAAUAGAUAAAUUAAAUUUUUGAAAAAAGAAAUAUCCUUGUGGUACCCUAGCCAGUCAUCCUUUCACAGGCACAAGAUCAGCUGGACUCCUCUACUUCCAGGGGCAACUGAUCCUGGGAUGGCCAAGUCUCCUGUCCUAGAAGCUCUGUCUCUAGGUCCCACCUGCAGUUCCCAAACUCCAAGAAAAGCUCCAGCAGAUGACUCACUGCAGAGGCAAGGCUGGUAGUUUCGUCUCCCUAGAAAUUCAGAGAGAGCUUUGUGAAAGUGUCAGGGAGGUCCCUGGGCUUGCAGAUCUGCAGUUUACAUGUCUGGCAACAACCACCCUUUCUUCCCAGUCUUCCUUCCAUCUAAUCCUAGGACUAUAGAGACAGUGGGCUUUUAUGACAGCUCUGUCUCACAGCUCGCUUUCAAGGACACUAGGCAUGUUAAAAAUGUGAAGCUGAAGGAACAAGCCAGCACUGCCAUCUACUUUCACUUAAUUAGUACAAUUUAGACAGUGAAAGUACUUAAUCAUUUGGUCAGACUUACAAAACUGCCUCUGGCUUCCCAGGUGGUGCUAGUGGUAAAGAACCCACCUGCCAAUGCAGAAAACAUGAGAUGAGAGUUGGAUCCCUGGUUCAGGAAGAUCCCCUGGAAGAAGGCAUGGCAAUCCACUCCAGUGUUCUUGCCUGGAGAAUCCCAUAUACAGAGGAGCCUGGCAGGCUACAGUCCAUAGGGUCACUAGAGUCAGACACACCUGAAGCAACUUAGCAUGCACACACAAAACUGCUACAACACACCAGACCUUCAUCCAGGGGAAAAGAAGCUAACAGGAAGAAUGCCAAAUGACUGAUUUUUCUUCUUUCUAUCAAAUAUGCUCAUACCUCCAUUUCUAGCCAUUGUGCAGUUUUAGUUCUGACACUGUUUUGUCUAUGUACAAGGUACAUAGCAGCAUAUGAGUGAGACUACACCAAAUAACUAAGGGAAAAGCUCAGUAGCUGUUAACACAGGGUUUCCCCCAUAGCCAGUAAGGGCAAAAUGGGUUCCCUGUUUUGCAACAGACUGUUCCUAGGCUUGACCAAGCCCUGGCAUUCUUGCCCUUAUCAGACUUUUACUUUGAUAAAUACAUAAGAUUGGCAAAAGGUGGCUAAACAGGAAGAAGGAAGUAGGUAAGAGCACAAUUGUUGCAACCUUCACUCUAUUACUAGCUUGCUGUGUAACCCAUGCAGUUGUUCCUCACUGCCCAUUUCCCCUCUACACUGGAUGGAAAAUAACAUUUUGAAUGAAGAUUAGGAAUAGAUGCUGGUCAGUGUUAAAAUAUCCUUGAACUAUCAGUGCAAACAUAACAAGGCAGUGAGUUUUUGCUCUUAACCCCAUGCUUCUGAAUGUCUAAGAAGCAUAAUAAGAAGAUAGUCAUGUACAGAAAUACAUUAUUGGAGAAAUAAAAAAUAACAGAAAAUAAAGGUAACUUUUUUCCUCUAAUUGGAAAGUGGAUGGAAACAAAGGGAAGUCAUGGAAAACUUACUCCUUAUUAAGCAACUUCCUGUCUCCUGUGUUGCCCACCCUAUUACCUUCUCAGGACCCUGACAUUCCCUCUACCCUAGGGAGCUGUAAAGUCAAAUUGGUGUUCCACUAAUAACCAGCCAUCAUGAAGCCCUAGCAAAACAUAGUUUUCAGUGCCAACUAUAAUUUAGGAACAAGGUAAUCUUUCAAAUUUAUAUCACUGAAAAUAAACCAUGGAUUUUUCUUCUCAGAAAAGGUUCAAAUUUCUUCUGAUAGUAUUCUUGGUCUUGCACUACUAUGGUCAACACAGAAUUGCAGAAUUGGCUCAUUCUUCUUAAGUGUAGAUUUAAAAUUAAGUGGACUGCAGACAAAGGUGCCACAAGAUAAAAGAAAUAAAAAUACCAAAAGAUUAAUAUCCUUUUUGAAUAUGGUUACAAACAUUCUCAACAAGACAGAAGUAAAGUGAAUUUCAACGGCACAUUUAAAAGAUUAUAUACACCAUGACCAUGGGGGUUUAUCCCAAAAACACAAUAGUUCCACAUAAGAAAAUCAGUCAGUGUAGUACACCACAUUAAUAGAACAAAGGCAUAAAACUACAUGAUCAUCUCAAUAGAUGCAGAAAAGUCAUUUGACAAAAUUCAAUAUCUUUUCAUGACAAAUAUUCCAAAAAACAGAAAUAGAAAAUAACUUCAUUAACAUAGUAAAGGGCACCUAUGAAAAAUCCACAGCUAGUAUCAUACUCAAUAGUGAAAGACUGAAAUCUUUCCCCUUAAACUCAUAAACAAACAAAAAAGGAUUCAUACUUUUACUAUUGCUAUUCUACAUAAAACCGAAGUCCUAGACAGUAACUGAACAAGAAAAAUAAAAGACAUCCAAAUUGGAAAGGAAGAAGUGAAGCUAUGUUUAGAUGACAUAGGUUUAUACAUAGACAACGCCAAAGAAUUUACCAAAAAAACAAGCUAUAGCUAAUAAAUGAAUUCAGCAAAGUUACAGCAUAUAAGACUUCAUAUAAAUUUUAAACUUCUGUCCAUCAAAGGACAUUAUCAAGAAAGUGGAAAGGCAACCUAUAGAAAGGGAGAAAAUAUUUACAAAUUAUGUAUCUGAUAAGGGUUUAGUACCCAGAAUAUAUAAAGAACUCUUAAAACUCAACCCAAAGGCCCACAAUUUAAAAAUGAGCAAAGCACUUGAAUAAACAUUUCUCCAAAGAAGGAAUACAAAUUGCCAACAAACACAAGAAAGAUGUUCAACAUCAUUGGUCAUUAGUGAGUUUCAUAUCAAAACCACACUUCAAACUCACUAAGAUGACUAUAAUUUUUUCAUGGGAAAUGUGUCAACCAGAAUGUGAAGAAAUGGGAACCCUCCUACAUUGUUGGUCAGAAUAUAAAAGGGUGCUGCUAUUAUGGAAAAGUUUGGUCGUUCCUCAAAAUGUUAAGCACAGAAUGACCCAACAAUUCUACUCUUAGGUCUAUGUUCAAGAAAAAUAGAAACAUGUCCACACAAACUUAUACACAAAAGUUUAUAGCCGCAUUAUUCAUAAUAGACAAAAGGUGGAAAAAAAAAAAAAAACAAAAACCCAAAUGGAAAAUAACAAA